AGGUGUAUAUACUUUUUCAAUUAAUGGUUCUAAAAUAAAUGCCAUAUUUGUUUCUUAACAUUAUUUCAAAACCGAUCUAAUUUUUCUCAUUUUCAAAUGAAAUUUACAGAAAAAUUAAGUGCCCAUUUAACACCGGAAUGGCGUCAACAAUACAUUUCAUAUGCAGAUCUGAAAAACAUGAUCUUAAAUGCUUUGGAAAAUGCUCCUCUAAAAGAAAUUUCCACCAACCGCAUUAUGGACAAUUACUACAUAAAAUUCGAAGAAGAAUUCGUCAUAGAGUGUGAAAAUGAAUUACGUAAAAUUAAUACAUUUUAUGCCGAAAAAUUAGCCGAAGCCAGCAGGCGUAAUGAUGUACUUUCUACCGUAUUAGAUGAGCUAAUCGGUGAGUUUCGUUUAAGAACGCGAACAAUGUCACGCAAGAGUUUACAUCAGAAUACGAUUAAGAGAAGAUUGAGACAGAAAAAGACAAAUUUGAUGGAUUUAAAAAACGGUUUUAGUGAAUUGUAUUUAAGUCUGGUGCUAUUGCAAAAUUAUAAAAUGUUAAAUUAUACGGGUUUUAAGAAGAUAUUGAAGAAACAUGAUAAGUUAUUGAAUAAUACAAAGGGACAGAAAUGGUUCGAUGAGAAUAUACCAACGGCCUAUUUUUAUAAAAAUAAUAAACUGGAAGAACUUAUGGUAGAGGUGGAAAAUAACUUCACAGAAUAUUUGGAAAAUGGAGAUCGUGCACAAGCUAUGAAACGUUUAAGAGUACCACCCCUAGAUGAAAUACAAGAAGUUGGAACAGUAUUUCGUGUAGGACUCUUUUUGGGAGCUUUUGUAGUGUUAUUGAGCUUUAUACUAAUACUGUCAUUUUUCGGCAAUUUGGAUAUAAAUUUCUAUUCGGUACAUGGUUUAAUCUUAUUUCGUGGUCCAUUUUAUGUGAUUAUGUAUCUGUUUCUAUUGGGAAUAAAUGUUUUCAGUUGGCGUCGUGCUGGAGUUAAUCAUAUUUUAAUAUUUGAAAUAAAUCCUCGAAAACAUUUGAAAUACUCUCAUUUGUUGGAAUUACAUGCGAUUUUUGGUAUUAUAUGGUCCCUAUGUGUACUGGGGUUUAUUUAUGCUGAUUAUAUUAAUAUAUCACCUUUAGUAUUUCCAUUAUUAUUAAUUACCCUCAUGUUAACCUUUCUCUUCAAUCCAUUACCCUUGUUUUAUCGAAAUGCCCGUUACUGGCUGCUAAGAUUAAUUGGUCGUGUCAUAUUGGCUCCCUUUUUUCCUGUGGGCUUUGCAGAUUUUUGGUUUGGUGAUCAAUUAAAUUCUUUGGUUGCUUGCCUUUUAGAUUUCAAAUAUUUAUUGUGUAUUUUUAUAAGCAAUUCUAAGUGGCAAGAAGAUUUUCCCUACAGCCAAUGUUUGGAGAGUGACUAUAUUGGCAAUGCUAUUGUUCGUUGUUUACCUUCUUGGUUCCGUUUUGCCCAGUGUUUAAGACGUUAUAGUGAUACCGGUCAGGUUCAUCCGUUUCUAGUUAAUGCAGGAAAAUAUGCUGCUUCGUUUCCAAUGGUUGUGUUUUCAACAUUAGCUACGAAAUAUAAAGAUGAUUACAAUUACACCUUUGAAAAUCCUUUCAUUUGGUUUUAUAUCAUAUCGGCCAUUUUUCAAACUUGCUACUGUUGCUGUUGGGAUAUUUUGCGAGAUUUUGGUUUAUUUCAAACAUUUUCGGGAAAGAACAUAUUUCUGCGAGAGCAAAUUGUCUAUCGUCCAGGAUUUUAUUAUUUUGCUAUUGUGGAAAAUAUCAUAUUGCGUUUCUUUUGGGCUAUAUCUCUGUACCUGAUAACACAUAACUAUAUAAGCAGCUAUAAUAUGGAUUCUUUAGCGGGUUGUUUGGAAAUCAUCAGACGUUAUAUUUGGAAUUAUGUACGUUUGGAGAAUGAGCAUUUAUAUAAUGUGGGACAAUUUCGUGCCGUGCGAGAUAUUUUCAUAGCACCCAUAGAAACCAAGAACUCCAUGGAAAUACAAAAAAUGAUGGAUGAAAAGAAUGGUGUGGUAAAUCGUGGCUCCAAAAAAUUAGCAAUAUUUCUCUAA